AUGUAUGGGCAGUUCCUUGUUCAUGACCUUCCGAAUUUGUUGCGUGGCAAUCCUGUACCUGUGGCAGAAAUGUGGUGGCAGCAAGAUGGCUGCCCAGCGCAUAAUAGUGCACUCGCCACAGAUCAAUUGAAUGAGAUUUUCCCACGUCACUGGAUAGGAACAAAUGGACCUCGUGCAUGGCCUCCAAGAAGUCCAGAUUUAACACCCUUGGAUUUUUGGUUAUGGGGUGUGUUAAAAGAACGAUGCUACCAGACUCCCGCAACAACACCGGAAAACAUUAUCGAGAGGAUACGACGGGAAUGCACAGCAAUAACUCCAGCUGAAAUUCGCAGAGCUAUUAUGAAUAUCGACAAGAGGUUGCGAUGUCUCAUAGAACAACACGGCAAUAAUUUUGAACAGUGCCUUUAA